UCACGUGAUUUUGUUUACAGGAAGCCGCUAGCAACCAUGUGCUAAUCUCUGCCUGGCAGCGUCUUUAAAUGAACAAAACAGAAAAAUACUUGACGUACAUGUUAGUAUACAAUCAAAUCAGCGCCUGAAUCUCUUCUUUACUGUGACUUUAGGUUUGGAUGAGGAUUUUAAACAAAAAAAAAAAUCGAUUUGUUUAGUGUUUUUACAGCUAGUCGGAACCUGAAACCCGAACACAUCACACAUGAUGCGGUCCUUAAACUUUGUCCACCGAAUCAGUCUGGACUUCACCGGAACCAUUUUCCCUCAUGCGAUCUGUUUGGGAGACGCAGAUAACGACUCGCUGAACGAGCUGGUCAUUGGAGACAACAGUGGAAAACUGCUGGUCUACAAGAACGAUGACUCCAAGCCGUGGAUCACCAGAACCUGCGUGGGCAUGCUGACUUGCGUUGCCAUUGGAGACGUCUGCAACAGGGGGAAGAACCUGGUGGUUGCCAUGACCGCAGAAGGAUGGUUUCACCUGUUCGACCUGACCGCCGCCUCUGUCGGUAAAUCGGAUUCCUCCAGCCAACACGAGUUCCUGUCAUCUGAUGAGCAGAGGCCGUUCUUCACCCAGCACAUCCCAGCCAACACCAAAGUCAUCCUCAUCAGCGACAUCGAUGGAGACGGGCGCUGUGAGCUGGUGGUGGGUUACACAGACCGAGUGGUGCGAGCUUUCCGAUGGGAGGAGCCAUCCGACGGCGCAGAUGCUGCAUCGGGUCAGCUGGUUCUGCUGAAGAAGUGGCUGCUGGAAGCGCAGGUGGACAGUCUGUCGGUGAACCCGGGUCCGGAGGGUCUGCCGGAGCUGAUGGUGUCUCAGCCGGGCUGCGGGUACGCCAUCCUGCUGUGCACCUGGACCCAGCAGGACUCCACAGAGUCCGAGGACGAGGACCCGGCCUCGCCCGGCAGCGAGGGCCCGUCCAGAGACGUCCUUCUUCAUCUGACCACCGGGCGGAUCCACAACAAGAACGUCUCCACCCACCUGAUCGGAAACAUCAGCAAAGGUUCAAAGGAGGAAUCCUCCAAAUGUGGGCUGUUUGCUCUCUGCACUCUGGAUGGAACCUUGAAGCUGAUGGACAGCUCGGAGCAGCUGCUUUGGUCGGUUCAGGUGGAUCAUCAGCUCUUUGCUCUGCAGAAGCUGGACGUCACCGGAGACGGCAGGGAGGAGGUGGUGGCGUGCGCGUGGGACGGUCAGACCUACAUCAUCGACCAUAACAGAACCGUGGUGCGCUUCCAGUUCGAGGAGAACGUCAACGCUUUCUGUGCCGGUCAGUACACCUGUAAGGAGGGCAAGAACAGCCCCUGUCUGGUUUAUGUGAGCUUCAAUCAGAAGAUCUACAUCUACUGGAAGGUGGAGCUGGAGCGCAUGGAGUCCACCAACCUGAUCCGAGUUCUGGAGGAGACGGCCGACUUCAAGAACCACCUGAAGGCGCUCGGAGUCGAUGCUGAGGAUUCAGCCGCAGUGAAGGACCUGGUGGCGUCCGCGCUGUACCAUCACGCCUCACAGUGACACGUGCCGACACGCCGCCUUGCUGUAAAUAAACUGGGCCUGCCCGUCCUGCCCCCUGCAGAAAGACGAGUCGGGCUGUGGUUUCUGACCUGGCGGUUAUCUCAUAGCCGCACGCCGCCGCAGUCGUUGGCAUUCCGCCCGACUCGGUUGCCGUUAACAAGGCGAGGUGAAUGCGUGAGGCACAGAGCAGGGGGACACGCUGAACCGCUGAGGAGGAGCACUUCUUCAUCUGCAGGGAAAUGACGCUGAAGGCUGAGCAGCAGAGGGCCUGCAGGAUUCUGGGAAUCCCCCGCUGUUCCUCUGGGGUAGAUCCGAUAACCACCCGUGUUGUUGCCUCUGUCUCAUUCAUACAAUAUUAAUGGGAGGGGGUGUUUGUGUGGCUGGAAGCGGGGGUAAGGCUCAGGUGUCCCCGCCGGGACUCCGCCUCUCGUCUGUUGUGUAUUUCUGGGCUUUUGAGAUGUGAGCAGGUCGAGGUUUCUGCUCUCAACUCAACCACCUGCAAAACCAAUGAACCCUCACGAAGCUUCGGUCUGUUUCUGGAUCACGACGUUCGUGUCAUUGACAGACGGUGAAUCCUGGCUGGGGGGUUUUGGAAGGCGGUUCUGAGUUGAAACAUUUCAGCGUGAAUUUGGAUCUUUGAGACGAGCAAAAGCCUUCAGGUCAGUUCUUUAGUGUCACGGCUCCACCUGAGAGAUGCUCCAGUCAUUCUGCUGAAGGAGCUUCAUUAAAAAGAAAAGAUUCAACUGAAAAAUAGCCUUAUGGCUAAUUCUGGCACUUUGCAGGCUUGUUUUAAUGUGCACUGUCCCUGUUAAAUAAAUAAAUGAAAAAAAAGAAC